GUUCCUGCUGACUACAAGCACAUGACCAGGCGUGUUUACACCUGCAGCGACUGAAAGACACACAACGCAGAGACAGGAGAGCCUUCUCCAAACCGAGAGGAGAAACGAAGCGGUUACCUUGAGAGGUCAUCGUGUAGCGAAGGCUCGCUGUCAUUCGGUAAGUGAGCUUCAGCAGCUCUGCGCUGGUUUUCCUUCAGUGACGUGAGGACGCUGUUGGCUCUUCCGUAGCGGCAGCUGUUAGCUUAGCAUGCUAACGUGUGUCAGACAGUAGGUUAGCUCGCUGCUGCAGCAUCAACACUACCAUACCAGGUGAAACACAGACACUGAACUAUAACAGCAGUUUUAAACGGCACGAUGCUGUCUCUGUCCUAAAGCUAACACUGUACGCUACCAUUGUAUUGAAUGACAUGUUUAGAUAGAGUCUUCAUUUCGAGACCAGUGUUGAUGAAUAUCAUAUUAGUUGAUAGAUUAAUCAGUGACUGAAUGAGUGGCUUGACGGGUAGAGUGAAGCAAAUUCUAUAGUUUAUGGUACAAGAUUAAAAUACUGUGUCAUUAUUAGUUUUAGUAGGACUGAUAUAUAGGACAGUGUUUGUACCUCAGUUUGACAGUCAGCUGACAGGUUAGUCUGAUGCUGGCUGCAGGUGUCAGUCAUGUUAAUAACUCACCUGAUCAUAAAACUAAACAAUAUUAAGAAUUAAUGGUCCAGUCGGAGCAAUAGAGCAGUAAAUGCUUGGGUUUAAGUCUCCUCUCUCUUCAUUUGUCAGUCACCAAUUAUAAUUUGUCGUACUUGUUAAACAUCCCAGAAUUUUUAUGAACAAAAACAUUUCAGUUAUGGAGUGUGUAUUGUUUCCAGGAAAUGUACAAUUUCUUUCUCUGCUUCAGCUCUAGGCAGUCUCUUCCCUUCUGUAUCCCUGGAGAGAAGCAGCGUUUUCAGUCACAGGCUCCAGGAAGCCAGGCCUCCCUGUCCACCAUGGAUGAGACAGACAUAGAACGUGAGGCCCUCUUUUCUAUCUCUCUGGAUUUGUUUGUCUGGAUCUGUCAUUCAUCUGGAAUUCAUCUGCAAAUUUGUCAUCUCAAACUUGAUCUGUCCAUUUCUAACCCCCUAACAUUUUGACCCUUUUUAUAUGACGAGUUUCUCUUCUGUUUUGUUCAUUUUCUAGAGGUGACCCUGGCUCUACUGGAUGCAGCCACAGAUAAGGACUCAGAAGUGCAGGAGCAGGUCAGAAAGUCAAUGCUGACUCUGGGAAAGCAGCAGCCAGACAGGGUGUUAGCCAUGUGUCAGGAUUACCUUCUGAAACAUCCAAAGGUGAGGUGCACACUAAGUUAAAUCAAACAUCUCUCAUAGUUAAAGAUGUUGGAUCAGCUGAGAAAACAAACCAGGGUAACCUGGCAUUUGUUAUAAGUUUCCUACCACACACAUUCUAAUAGUUCUUUAUUAAAAAAGCCAGCUAAGCAUUACCACAUGAGCGCACUUACAUUAUGAUUUAACUAAGCAUGCAGCACUGCCACUGCUACUGGUAUCAUGUGCCAAAAUUAGCCGGGGAGAAACCAACAGUGAUAUACAGUGCUGUGAUCACUCAUGAAGAGUGAAAGCUCAGGGGAAGUCCCCAGUGUCUCUGAUUUCUGUCAAAGGGAAAUUGUUGUCCUGUAAAACAGUUAACUAUUCAACUGAAUUGCAGUAAGAAUAAAGAAGUGAUACUCAUAUGAUGCAAAUGUGUGUGGUUUAAUUCAAGAUUUGUCUUGACUCCACUAACCCGGGUAACAAUAGUCUGUGGCUACUAAUCUGUUAAACCAGGUCACAUUUGAAAGCCUUUCAGAGCCCUAAACAUGUGGUUUUCACUCAGUUACAGACAGAAGGAGAGUCAAGUUUCCACUCUAGAACCUUCAAAAAUAAGCAUUUGUACUUGCAUGCAUUUCUGUUACACUGGUUCUCAUUCUAGAUAUGAUGCAGGAACAAGAUCUAUCAAUAGAAAAGUGAUUAUUUCUUUAUCAGGCGAUUGGGUUUGUCUCUAGAAUAAAAGUGAGAUGCCAGUCAGGUUUCCUAAAAUCUAAGUUGAUGUCUUCCUGUCAUUACUCUAAAGUGUUCAGUGACAAUUGUGAGGCUGCGUCUUUUGUGUUAAACCUCAAGGGGGAUGAAAGUCUCUGAAUCUUGUGCAGUUAUUCAAAAAUAUUCACCAAGUUAGAUAUUCACAAUUUUUAUUUAAAUAAAAAUGAGAAAGUUGUGGGUCUGAUCCCAGGCACCUUUAGCAAGACACUUGACCCCAAGCUGCCAUCAGUAGCUUUGCCAUAGGUGUAUGAAUGGGAUAAGGUAAUGUGACUAAAAACUAUGACCCAUAUCUGUAAUGAUAUAAAGUGUUGCAGCAUUUACAGCUCGGAUCGGGCCAGUAGAUUAAAGGGAUAUUCAAGUUAUGGUCAAACACACUGAGUUAUACACCCCCUCGAGAGAUGAAUGUUGCCGACUGCUUGCUUAUCUUGUUAUACCAACUUUAGUAACAACCGCACAAUAGCAAUACACAGUGGUCUACGUCUCCACGCACACAACUCAACCAAAAAGCCACUCUAUAGCCACAAAUAAUGCUCAGAACAGCACCUAACUUCAUCAACAGUACAUAUAGGGUCCCAACUAUAGUACUAGCCAUCAAACAUCUUUUUAGCUUUACCUGAUUUCUUUAGCAAAGAGACAAAACACAACUCACCUACUCUCCUCCAGCAGCUGCUUGUUUGUGGGGGAGCCCUGACGAGUCGAUCACCGAGUGCAGCAGAGUUUUGCUAGAAUAUCCCUUAAAAUAAUCACAAUUUUAAUUUCAAUAAUAUCAUUGAUACUUGAACUCAUUAUUAAACUGAGUUAAUAUUACUAAAAAAUAUGACCCAUAUCUGUAAUGAUGUAAAGUGUUGCAGCAUUUACACCUCGAACUGGGCCAGCAGAUUAAGACCUUGAUCAAAACCAUAAAACUACCAUGAAAGUAACUUGAUAUGAAAGGGUUUUAUAGUUCUCUAUAUGUCCCUAAUUUUCUUUUCUCUUAUAUCACAUGUACCUGAAAACAAACAAACAAACAAACAAAAAAAAAUUAUGCAGCUGUGAACUAACGUCUUUGUAUGAUGUUGCAACAUUUUAUCUUGCAGUCACAUGCCUGGACUCAGUAUUAUCAGAUAACAGCAUCUUUACACUGAGGAAAUAUCUAGGAAACAUCUGUGACACCAUUAAAAAAAACAUGAUGUCCGUAAUUAGAUUAUGUUCAAUGUGUCAUUGUAUUUAAAGGCUUUUUUGACAGCCAGUUACAAGCAUUUCCUUUUGUACACAAUGUUGUUUCAUGAGGAUAAGAAAGUGCUGUGCUAUUUAUAAAUACUCUAUUUUUCUCUGCUCCCCCUCCUUCCUUGUGUUUUCCUGUAGUUGGCGGUGAGCCACAGAGUUGUGAUUCUUCAGACUAUCGAGUUGAUUGUGGGCUGCAGGAUUGAGGAGAUCAGUUACCCGAGGAUAAAGAGCAUCAUUUCUCUGGCCUCAGAGGAGAUGACACGAUCAAAGGUAACCUGUAAGACAUGAAUAUAAACGUGUUUUUUUUUUUUAUUAGUGGACAGAUGAUAAACGAUGUGUUUGACUGUUUUCUCCGUCUUCCUGGUUUAAUCAGGAGGUCAUCCCUGACUGGCAGCAGGCAGCCAGUAAUAUCUUGGUCGCUGUGGGCAACAAACACAUCAAUGACAUCAUGGAGGAGAUACUGAGCAAGUUUCAGCCAGGGCUCAUACCUCACUUCUUUGUGGUCCAGACACUUGCCAACCUUUCUGACUCCAAUGGUAAAACAACAAACAGAGAAAACUCACACUAAUACACAUAACUGUGUUUAAUCACAACUGUUAAUCACAAAGCAAGGAUUCAGAGGUUGCUGAGUAAAGUCUGUCCCUGUCAAACCAGUCCAAAAACAGCAUUUUCUGGCCAAAGAUCCAAACCUCUGCUGAUUGUGUUUGAUUUGUUGAAGUCUUUCAGUGUUUGGAAAUUGAAAAAACAGCUUUUUUCAAACAAUUUAAGUCUGCAUCGAUUUGCAGAUUUAGCUGUCAAACCGGCUGUAGUCAGGGGUAUUCAGAUCUAACUGCCACUAAAUUUGAACUUCAGUUCAACUCCAGACUAACUCAAUAAAGAGCCACAAAGCCAUAUAAACACCAUGACAUUUCUCUUUCCUUGUUUCUCAUGAAAUUGACUUUUCACUAAGUGUGUUCCUGUAUCUUUAUGACAUAAAGUGACCCAAUAUUAGCAGAUGCUAAAAUAAAUGAAUCAGAUUAAAUGAAUCUGAUCAGGCUUAAGGGCCCAUAAAUCCGUAGCAGCACCCUGGUCUUUAUGUGUUACCAGCUUGUGAGUAGCUUUUCUUUGUGUCUACAAAACCAUAAUUUACAUGUGGAUUUUUGUUGCCAGAAUAUAAACCUGUACAACCUAGGCUAGAUUUUAAAGCUGCAAGUCAUAGACUACCACAGGGUCACAGUAAUAUUGGGUUUAUACUAUUUUGAUUCACAGUGUAAUUUUAGCAGCUCUUUUGCUGAAAUACUUAUCGUGAUUUAGCAAAAAUAGGAUAUAGAUUCUUCUUGAAAGCUACAAUUUGAAUUUUUACUGUCAAUUCUUUUGAAAUCCUCUCCAUCAAAGUGUCAGUAAGAUGGAUAUGUUUCUGCCUUACAGAGGGAGUGAUGAGUUAUAACAUGUCACUUAUACUGCAUUCUUCUUCUUCUGAUACACUAGUUUAUGGCAUGGUACCAUUCCUGAAUGCCAUUCUGGGCACCAUGUUACCCAUGUUAGGCAUGGCCAAACAGGACAACAUGAAGUGGGUCUUCUCCUCUGGUAAGCUCCUCAAGCAGGUUUUUGCACAAAUCGACCUUGUCCAUAUUUUCACCUUAAACCUUGUCAAAUAUCCAGUUCUCCUCUUUCGCUUCUCUUGUAAUCACAUUUCUUCUCUCCUUUAGUUGAUCCCUCUUUGUUUUGUUUCCCUCCAUCCAGCUCUGUGUCAUUUCAGCGACAGUAUCUUAGAGUACCUGGCAAACCUGGACAAGGCUCCAGACCCCACAGUCAGAAAAGACACAUUCUCCAGUGAAAUAUUCGCUGCUUACGACAUCCUCUUCAAUUCUUGGUUACAAAGCAGAGAAUCUAAGGUAAGGAGUCACUCGGUGUAAAUUGGAAACAAAAUACAAAAGGCUUAAUGGUCUAUGAAGAGGCCACAUAUUUUGCAUUCAGUUUGUAUGGGUGAGAAUCACCAGUGACGCCAUGAUACGAUAUUAUCACGAUACUUGGGCCAUGAUUCGAUAUUAUUGUGAUUUUUAACAUUUUGCAAUACAGUGAGAAAUGCGAUACUAUAUAUUGCAUACUAUUAUGUUAACAUUUGUCUUUCCUUUUAUGUUUGUCUUAUUUACACAUUAUUUUAUUUUCAUGUAGCACUUCUUGCAAACCUUAUGUUUCAGGUCCAUCUCAUUUGUGCCCUGCUUGCAUUCCUAAUGUCUUCCUCCAGGUGCUGCUACAUUUGUUGUACUAACUUUCUCCUGCUCUAUGAUGUCACCUCUGCCAACCUCACUGGACAAACAGUUGAUUUUGUUUUUCCAUUAUCACAGAUUUGACUUCAUAUAAACAAUAAAUUUGAAAAAAUCAAUACUUGGUCAAUGAGACAAUACGUUUUAUCACCAGACAAAAUAUCACGAUACUAUACUGUAUGGAUUUUUUCUCCCACCUCUGUCAGUUUGGUUCAGACAGCUUUGACAGGGGUUGACAAUGUGGAGAAGCUGAGCCAUAGUAGCAGUUCCAACCACAUACUUUGAAAAAAGUGCUGAACAAUGGUUCACUUACACACUACCUUUAAACUGCUAUCCCAGACAGACAUUGAUUCUGAAACACAAGAAAAUGUGUGUUUCCCUUAUCACCCACAACUGUGAAAUCAGUAAAAGUGCACCGCGGGAACACUUCUUUGAUUUUGUUUACAAAUUAGAUGAUCGCUAAAGCAACAACAUGCACUUUGACCUUGGCAUCUAUUAUUAUAUUUGAGAUAACAGCACAGCUGCCUUACAAGAUUCGCCUAGUCUUAAUUUUGUCCCAUCAGCCAAAUCCAAUCAUUUAACCAGUGUGUCCUUGUGCUUAUUACAGGAGGCAGGAAACACAGUAGAGCAAAUUAUUGAUCAGAUAUCAUUAGCUCUAAAAAGGACUGUAAAUAAGUGAACAGAAAGUUCAGUACGAAGUAAAAAGUUUGAAUGUAGUGAAAGAAAAUGAUUAUUUGAAUUGAUUUGGUUCCUACACCUAAAAUAAUGAGUCGAAUGCAAACCCCUGAGGUCAUUCGUCUUUAUUUGAACAGUCUAAAGCAGGGGUCGGCAACCCACGGCUCUGGAGCCGCAUGCGGCUCUUUCUUCCCUAAGCUGCGGCUCCCAAUGGAUUUGGAAAAUAAAUACUUAAUUGCAUUUUAUUUUAUUUUAUUAUUAUUUUUUUUUUGUAAUUCUAAAUUCAAAGAUUAUAAUGCUCUUGUAACAUUAAAUAACUAUUAAGGCUGCAACAACGAAUCGAUUAAGUAGAUUCGUCGUGACGAAAAAAUCCGUUGCCAACAAAUUCUGUAAUCGAUUCGGCGGGUCUUUAUAUAUGUCCAUGGACACCGGCGUGUAAACAUCAGCAGGACGCACAGAAAAGAAACAGCCAUGGCCGAGGCAGCGGCUGAGAAAAACAUGGACACAACCCAACCCAAAUCCCGACCUAAAACAUCAGUGGUGUGGGAAAACUUCACCAAGACUGAAAAGGAAGGCGUUCAGUGCAACAUUUGCAAAGACCGUUUUGCAUGGCUCGGGAGUACAUCGAUGAUGCGUGAGCACAGGGCUCUCAAGUCUCACGCAUUCAGCGUAUGACACACGCAUUCCCACUCGUUCACACGCUCACGCACCACACAUUGUAUUUCUCACGCAUUUAAAUGAACACGGUGAUGUCCACCAAGUUGCACUUCUUCAACUAUGGAACUGGGGGAAAUCAACUGAGUUCCUCCGAGAGUUCAGAAGCUGCGUGCCACGCACAAGCCAAUCAAAUAAAGUAUAUCUACUGAACAGCCAAUCAAAAAGCAGCAUUGCUGUAUCCGGGUAGAUUUUGAUAUCUUGCGGUUUAACUACAGAAGAAGACAGACACUCGCCGAAAUAGUUCAUUUAUUUCAUAAAUGCAACUCGCUACAGUUUUUUAUAUACUUUGUAUAAAGGUAAAAAAAAAAGAUAUAUGCAAUGUUAUCUUCAUUUAGAUGUCAAAGAGGUUUUGUGGCUCCCUGUGUUUUCUUUUCUGUGGGAAACUGGUCCAAGUGGCUCUUUGAGUGUUUAAGGUUGCCGACCCCUGGUCUAAAGGAUUUCAACAAACUGCUCAGUCUGUUUCCUGACGUUUCUGUCUCUCUGAUCUAGUUGAGGCUAACAGUAGCCGAGGCAGUGGGCUCCAUGUGCCAUCUGAUGGCCAGUGAGAAGCUGGAGGAGCAGAUUCCAAAACUGAGUCCUGCUAUUUUGUCCCUGUACAAGAAAAAUAACGAGCACUAUGUUAUAAGCAAGGUGGGUACUGGGGAGCUUUCCUCUUUUUUGGGUUGGUCAAGAUGUUCUUUGGCAGUGCUAGUGGCUAAACUCAAUUUUGUACUCAAAUUCAAGUGAAACAGGAAAUAAUUUGCUUUAUCAGACGGUGACAAUGUAAUCUGUCUCUCUUGCUCCGACUAGAGUCUGUGCCAGGUGCUUGAUGCAUCUCUGAACAUGGGCAGCAGGGUGCUGGAGACACAACUGGAUAGUCUACUCUUUGCUCUGCAUCAGCAGGUAAGCACAUCUUCACUGCUCCUGAGCCGGAUUAAACCAGGUGACGGAUGCAUGACUCAGAUACAAGUAAAAAAGGUGAAACCUUUUUGAAAUUCUCACAGAGAUUUGAUUCCUCUGUGAUCCAAGACCAAAACCAGCGAUUCUAAACUGACUCAUUAGCAGCAGAUCUUGAAAUUAGGAGAUCAGAGAUGCUUUUAAUACUUGUAAAACCUGCAAAUCGGAAGAGGUAUGGUCCAACUUUGUAGCUUAUUCCUCCUCCGACCUCGUUUUGCAGCAUUUUUUAAACACUUGAUGUGAGGCGUGGGAAAGCUGAUUAGAUUAGAGUAACAUUUACUGGCAUGUUCUACACAGUAGCUGUGCUAUGCAUUGUGGAGAAUCAGUUUAAACAUAAAAAACAAGAUUAAUGAAGUCGCAUUAGGGAAUUUCUGGUGGUUUUAGCAGGGUGAUUAUUCCUGUUGUGUUUGUUUUUAGGUCAUAACUGUAAGGACAGACCUGGACUAAACACAAGCCUUAAACACACCAAAAAAGAUGCUCUAAAGUCAGUCUUGCUCAAUCUCUGUGGUUUUAAUGCUGACAGUUUGCCGUUCCCAAGAGUCUGUGCAGCACUUUCUAUCACAAGACUUAACCAACGCCAUACCAUCAUGAAUCCAGCUCACCCCUCCUCAUGCUUAAUAUCAGAAUAUACAGUACUUGAUACUGCUUUCUUAAAAAAAUGUGUCAAGCUGCUGUCAUUGAGAGUCAUUGUAGUCAUAUGUUUUCAUAAUCUUGUGACUCAGCUGAUGCUUGGCACGGUGCUUGACUGUUGCAACAUUCAACCACAAUGACUGUGCCCAGGAUGUGUGUGUGUGCGCGUCUGAUCUGGAUUGUGUGAUUAGCACAUAGAGGUUUUCACAAUAAUAAUAUAGCAGGAACAGUUAUCAUUGUAGUACUGCACAAAACCUUCUCACUGUGUUUGUAGGCUGUACAGGUACAUGGGUGUAACUCUUGUAGACAAGGCUUGGCUUUUAAUUAUGUAGUCCUUGAAAAAAUGUCAGUUCAUACUUCAAGCUCCGGCGAGUUGGAGGCUAUUUUUGAAAAAUGUAAAUGUGACUCUUCAUGUGUGACAUUGUGUCAUGAAAAAACCCACUUCCUUAAACAAACAAAUUAUGAUCACUGUAUGAACUCAUUUUUAGUUCAUAAUGAUUUUAACCCCAGAAUGGAGUAAAACAUGCGUUUUUUACUUGAGUAAGAUAGAAUUUGUUGUCGUAUUGUAUUCUUAUCCCACUGAGCAUUUUUUGGUCUAAAAGAGGUCUAAUAGACGUCUAAAUGUAGCCUAGACGACUGGUCUAAAAUCAGGCUACCACAGGUCUAAAAAUGAAAGUUUUUUAGAUGUCUAAAUUUAGACCAAGUUUAGACUAGCCGGCGAACAGAGGUCUAACUGUAUAUUGCUCAACAGCUAUCAUAAUUAUUUUGGUUAAGUACUUGGAGAUCAGUUAUGCAACUCACAGUUGCUUUUUGAAAUAAAUAGUUAUCGAAUAAUGGGUUAAAGUGCAACGUCUAAACUCCAUCUGAAAACAUACAGAAUCUAGACGGUUGAAAUUACGUCUAACAGCCGUCUUUUGCUCAGUGGGGUAGAGCAGCAGUGCUCACCUCAGCUGUAUCUGAGGGUUUGUAUGUUGCCACAUGGCUGUUGAAGAGAAAUGUUUCCUGUGUCUCCUCCAGGUGUCCGCCCCUGUUGAUUACAGUAACCCUCCUACUGUCAAGAACCACAACGAGGUCCUGCGCUGCUUCAGCCUACUAGGUACUAAAGUUGGUGCUUUUCUCGACAGCAUCUCUAAAUCUGAAUGAUUCAGAACAAACAACUGUGUGAUAGGGUUGACUCUUCUUUAACUCAGCGUUGUAAAAAAGUCAGUAUGGUGACAGAAAAAAGUCACAGCAGCGUGAGUCCUGUCCAUCUGUUUCAGUUCUAUGGAGUCACAAGAGCAGUAACAAGAUCAUCGAUUAGUGUGCCAGACUCAGUGUCCACAACAAGAUAAUCACAUUAACUCAAACCCUUGACCUACUUCCCUCCUCCUCUGCCCCCUAGUCUCUCUCAUCCCUCAUGAGUUCAGCUUUUGUUGUUUUCUAUCUCUGUGAAACUUCAUGCAUUUGACUUUGAGUGAUUUUCACUCACGGUUCACUCUCGCUUCUCUCUCUCCAGCCAACUCUUUCCCAGAUCGGCUGGUGAUGUUUGUUCUGCAGAAGUUGGAGAACAGUAAUGAGCGCAGCAGGGUCGGCUCGCUGGCUGUUCUACGUCACCUCAUCAACUCAAGCAGUAAGAAAACACACAUGCUUUCUAAAGUUACACAUACACACUUUAAGAUCUUCAGUUUUUGUUCAUAUCAAUACCAUUAUCACUGCUUGUUAACAAUCUGGCUGUCCUGCAGAAACAAAGACAGCAACUAAAUGUUCAUAGUAGGGCUGUAUUCCACCAAAGACAUUCUUGGUCAACUAAAACCUUGAAAUUUUAAAACAAAAAUCAACUAAAGGGGUGGUUGGGGGGGAUUUCCGACUCUUGACGGCAAACCCCUCUGUGGCGGGGAGGACGCGGCUCGGCGGAGCGUGGCUCGACGUGGUGAAAAUAAACUGAUAUUAGCACAAGAAGGCAAUUAAACACAAAUAUUAUAUUCAGCAAACCAUCGGAUGUGGAUUUAUGUGGAUGUUUUUCAAUCUUCCUGUCUCCAGCCGGUCUCCAGUGGGUUGGGCGAAACCAAAAUGGUGAAAACAAGGGGGGAUGUUCUAAGACAGGCUGUUACCUGUGAAACAGGGGAGCUCUGAAAAUUAUUAUUAUUACUAUUAGCCCUUGGUACGUUCCUCCUGAGGAAAUUUACCAUAGACUGUAAAUUGAUGCAGAAAAAAAAUGGAGUCAACCAAUCAAAUUUUUAGUCGACUCAGCACUUAUCGACCAAUAAGUCGACCAGUCGACUUGGACUUUACAGCCCUAGUUCAUAGAGUGUUUUCAACCCAAAGAGGGUCAAAAGUUCAACGAUAUUUAGUCCUUUUCACAUUUGAAACUGCUGUAUCCCCUUAUGCAGCAGGUCACAAGAAUACUUUGUACAGUUUAAUGCCUGUUUGCUGGCAGUCAAAUUUUAUUCCAAAACUUUGUUGGACAAUCAAUGAAUACUUGUGCAUCAGUGAUUUGGUUUGACAGACUCGAGAAGACAUGCUCUGUCAGCGGACUCAAUAACAGUAUUGAUUCGAUGCAGAGGCAGGCCCUCGAAUGAACCAGGUUUUAAUCAACAGCCCUUUUGUCACUGUAAGAGAUCAGGCACAGGUCAAGUGCUUCGUCAUUCAGUGUGAAUUGUUUCCAGUUUUGAUUAGUAUGUAAACUCAGUCAUCAAUCCUUCCACCUUGUCUUUAUCAGGUGAUGUGUUCUCAUCCUGUACUUUGUGUGUCUGUGUGUUGCAGCUUCAACAAUGGAGAGUAAGAAGCUGCUGAUUCUGGCCAGCAUCAGGCAACCGAUGGCAGACCACAGCAACAAGGUACGACACCCCUCAACAUCCACAUAAUCCCUUAAUACGUCUUUGAGAAAUAAUCAAAUCUUUGUUUUUUUGUUUCAGGAAACAGAAUAUUGCUCAAGCUCACUCAGUGACUGUCUCUAUUGCAGGUGAAGAAGCGUGUGGUCCAGGUGAUCAGUGCGAUGGCUCAUCAUGGCUACCUGGAGUUAGAGGGAGGGGAGCUGCUGGUUCGAUUCAUAGUCCAACACUGUGCCCUUCCAGACACGUAUCAGGUAUCACAUCAGCUAUGGUUGAUUUCUGUGUCAUUUUCAUGACCAUGUUUUCUUGUAAAAAAGAAAGUGUUUUUAAUCAGCAGGUAUCUGUUACUGCAAAUAAAGAUCAACAUUUCAAGAAUUAGAGUUGGCGUGAAGCUUCAGAUACACAAAUAAACUUCAGUAAACAAACUUUUUUUUAACUUCUCAUUUAGGGAAGAUGUAAAUAACUUCUCAUAAACCAACAUCAAAAUAAUAAUCAUGAUCAAAGAAAAUAAACCAACAACAGACAAUCCACAAUCAAAUCACACAAUUUGACGCUCUUGACUAAUUCACCAAGUUGAAGAAAACGAGUAAACACAUACAUGCUGGAAAUGUACAAGUGGACAACGAACUUUAUGGAAGAAACUCACCAUCAAGAAGCCUUUAAGAAAGUUGUUAAGUGGCUGCAGUUAAAAGGGGACAUCUGAGAAUGUUAGAUAUGAAAUAUUAGAUAUGCAUCCGUUUCCUGUUGUGUCCGUUUGUCUCUCCGAUGAGGCCAAAGGCCCACAGAUCCAGAGGAGGUGACCAAUGAGGCUGCAGUUAAAAGAGGACAUCUGAGAAUGUUAAAUAUGAAAUAUUAGAUAUUUAUCAGUUUCCUGUUGUGCCUGUUUGUCUCCAGCGAGGCCAAAGGCCCACAGAUCCAGAGGAGGUGACCAAUGAGGCUCUGAGGACAAUGUGUGACAACACACUUCACCUCCUGACCACCACUGUUGGACGGCUAGCUGAUGUAUGUACUCUGUCUCUGUUUUCACAUCUGUGGGAUCUGUCGAUGGUUCAUUAGUCUGUGUUUAGACUUAAAUUAUCCACUAAUGUUUGUUUUGCUGCUAUUGCAUCUAUUUUAAACUGAAAUGUUUCAAAGCUGGUUCAGUAUAUGCCAAAUAGCACUUUUGUCCUUUGUGGGAAACUGCAAAUAUGUGUUGUGUUAUUUGCAGGUGCUAUGGCCAAAGCUGCUGUACUAUCUGACCCCUGCACAGUACAGUAACGCCACCACUCCUCUUUGUAAAAGUCUGAUCGUUCUUGGCACCAAGAAGAAGAACAACGAGGAGCCCAGCUUCAAGAUAGACUUUACACAAGAAGGUAGGAGGAACAUUCACAGACCAGGGGCUGAAUGAUUAGCUGGUUUGACCAUGAAUCACCCCCACUUCUGAUAAAAAGUGGGGAAGGUGUGUUAAACAGUGUGUGGUGGAUUGCAAAUUGUUUGAAAUUCAUGUUGUGAAAAACAGAGUCAUAAAUAAGUUAUCUUACAAAAUGUUAGACUCUGUUUUUUUAUAUGGUGAUACUGAGUCAUUCAGAGUUUGUUGGCAGCAAAUCUGAUUUGUGAUUUGCACUGGGCCAAACUUUCCUAAAACUGGGACUUUAAGUAGAUGUAAGCAUGGAAAGAGAAUCGUGUAAUAAUACUUGUUAAUACGUGUUGAGAUUGACCAUUUCAAAAUUUUUUACCAUGUUUGGUUAAAUGUGUCUUGUCUGUCUCCUCCAGUGAACAUACCCUCUCCUCAAACACUAAUGAUCAGACUGCUGGUAAGUAAAACUGUGAGACAUUAGUAACUCAAUCUGACCAAAGAGCUCUGUUUUAAAGCCUUGAGUGUCCAAAGUAUAAAACGAAGGAUAGCUUGGAUAACAGUCCAAUAACUUGCCACUGUCACUCAUGUUAGAUGAGAUGGGUCAAAUCUGUCCAAUCUUAAGGUUGGGUCUUGAUAAUUCAUCAAAUAAUGAGCGUGGUCUAGACCUGCUCUUUUUCUUUGGAAAGCGUCUUGGGAUAACAGCUGUUGUGAAUUGGCGCUGUAUAAAUAAAGUUUGAUUGAUUGAUUGAACUGUCUGCAGCUGCAGAUUGAAACAAAUCAUCAUAACAUGCUUCUAGUGAACUUAAUUUACUGUGAACCGCAGAUUAAAAUAACUUUUUCACAUCAGCCAAAUUUAAUUUAGAAUAAAUGUGUUUCAAUUCCCUGACUAGUAUCUGUUCUUCUGCUUGUGGCUUUGUCUUCGACGGGCUGCCUCAGGUGAAUGCAGCUUUUCCGUUCCAUGGCAGAGGACACGGCGCUCCAUCCCUGUCUCUCCUCCACAUCCUCAGUGUUAACAUUCAUCCCAACAUAGAGAUACUCUGGGAAAAAGAGAUCCCCCCUCUGCUUUCUGUCAUAGAAGGUGUGUGAAUGUAGGGACGUUUUCGUAGAGCUAUGAACGACCAGUUUGGACCUGGUUCUGGUCCUCAGUUCGGUUUCAUUUGUCAUGUUCUGUAGACUCACUGUGUGUUAUUGCGUUCAGAGUCGACCUGCGAGAGCCUGGACAAGCAGCUCUGGGAUGAUAAGUUACUUAAGGUAUGUUUGUCUUCACAUAAGAAAUGAUUAUCUCAUUCAUUAUUCUGUGUCAGUAUUUUAUUAUCAAUAAAAAUCCAAAAAGUGAUGAUCAAAAAUGUAACUUUCAGUCUAAAAAGGAUCAAUAGUUCCCUUUUAUUUUGCAUUUACAUUCUACGAAUAUUGUCAGAAAGCUGAAUUAAUCUUAAAAAUCCUCAUUGGGGUAAUUAUAAGAUACAUUUAGAUAAAGAUUUUAAAGAGAUACUGUUGUCUGCUUAGCUUUUAUUAUAUGUUGAUACUUAAAUAUCAAAAUAUAAUGUGAUGCUUUGAAAUGUUAUUAUAAUUGUGUUUAUUUUCAGCUCUUGUCUAAAACUCUGGACACUAUCGACGAUGAUAAGUGGGUUUGUCAGUUGGCAGCUGAGGCAACAAGAUAUCUCCCCACCUAUAACAACGCCUUAGAGGAAAAGGUAAAUCUUUCAAGAGCUUUUGAACUUUUAAAUCAAGAGUUCGCUAAAUGCAUCUGUUGCUGUGGUUACAGACGUUUAUCCAGUCACAUGAAACGAGUUGUUCAACUUUUAGGGUUUGUUGAGUUGCCAUUCCUGUAAAGCAGUCCUCGUGUAGAGCUUCAUGUGAGAAUAAUUAACUCAAAAAUCUGGCUUUGUUGAACAGUGCCUCUCAUUCUUUUGAGUUCAUGACCUUCAUAAAAGUAGCCACACUUCCUCAUAACCAGCCACAGUGUACACGCAGAGAGCUGAACCCACCAAAGUCAAGAGUGAAGAGACUGACGUUUAUUCAGCAAUAGUGAAAACAAUGUCUUUGAACAGUUUAAGAAGACUGAGCAGUUCUUUAAUUGAAAGAUCUAAAUGGUGUAUGUGUCAACCAAGGAGUAAUGUUACAGCAACCUGACAUGACUUACAACCCCCUCAUCCGGAGGACCCUCCUUCAGAAUGAGAACCAGAGGAUUGCGAUGUUUAACAAAAAGUCUCUUUGAAAUCAACAAAGCUACUUCAUAGAUACCUGUUAUGUGCAUCAGAAUUGAGUUGUCAGCCAAUUUGGUUGUUAAUAUUCCUGAACUCUGGUCAGAUCUGACAGUUAUUAGUUAUACAGAUCAGCACAGUAUUCACUCAUGCGUACUACACUCCUAAAUAUUAAUGCCACCUUCUUUCCCCACACUUGUUCUCAGACAAAAGUUGAAAUUGUAAAAGAGAAUUCUCUUCCUGCUGCUUUUCAUGAGCAAACUUGACAGUGUUCAGGUUUUACCUCUUUCUCUGUGUGUGUAUGUGUAGAUAUAUGUGUGGAAUGUAUGUGUGUGUGUGUGUGUGUGUGUGUGUGUAGGCAUAAAAUAUAUAUUGUCUUGUUAUGUAACAUUUUCUGUGUUUGAGUAAAGAGGAUCAUAUGUACAGAAACUAAGUGUCAUAUAUGGAUGAAAUAUUGAGUUUGUGGCCGUGUAUAAAUAUAAUUGUAAAUAUGUCUUUUAUUUAUAGUAUGCAUGUGUUUGUGUAUGGUUACUACCUUUAUUCUGUUUUCCUUAUUGCAGAUUCGAAAUAAAGCAUUUAUUUAUUCAGUAGCAUAUUUUGGUCAUCACUAUCUCUGUCUACUGAACAACUACAGUUUGCGCCGCCAAACAGCCAGUGAUUACCUGAUAAUGUAAAGCCUGGUGGGUUCAUUUAUGGAUUAAUCCUAAAUUAAUGGGGUUUUUAGCUGGAAAUUAAAGACCUCUUCUUCGUGGAGUUUGCACUGAUAUGAAAUUGCAAUGACACAAAUAUGCUGUAUAUAUACAAUGAUGUGGCCUGACAGUAACCACCAGUAAAUCUUUGAGCCAGGCUCUUGAAAACAGAGCUUGAAACUGUGAUCUAAUGACACUGAUGUAUUUCCCUCUGCUUCUCUGUAGAGUUUCCUGUAUCGGUGUAUAGGAGUGACUCUCCAACAGUGUUUCAAUAAGGAGCUGGUUAAAAAGCAGCUGCAGGAAAUCCUCCUCACAGCACGUCACACCGAUGCCAUCGAACGAGAGGUACUCAAACACUUUUAUUGAGACGGUUAGGACAACUAGUCAUUAUUUGUACCUUGUCUCAUACAGGACGGGUUAGUGGUCUAACUUUUACAUUUAUGCCAUGUUAAUCCAUCAGGGAGUUGCAAUGGGUGUCGGCCUGUGUGCAAACAGCCACUUAGAGGGAACUCUGGCCAAACUGGAUGAGUUUGGAAAAUCGGACGCCUUCAAGAAGUCACCAAGCAUCUUCAACCUGCUCAAAGUACGGUGACUUAUUCUGAUAUGUUGAGUUAAAAAUACCGUCACUUAGUUUCUUUUUAGUUUGUUGUUUUCUCAUCAGUGAUGAACUGAGUCCAGUUUUUCCUCAUCUCUUCCUCCUUUCUCUCUUUUCUGCAGGAGCGUAAUGAUGUAGAAAUAGAGAAAGUGAAAAGCACAUUGAUCUUGUGUUACGGACAAGUGGCUUUGAACGCACCUCCAGAGAAAAUACUCAACCGUAUCGAUCAAGAUAUCCUUCGCGCCAUCAGUAAACACUUCAAUACCAAGGUAAUGUGAUUAGUAAGGUGACAUAACUGUUGUUAAAGAGGAUAUUUUAAGACCAACAACAACACUGAUGAUGAGACAGUGUGUUCAAACAUGUCGCAGUUGUUCCUGUAAUAAAACUGAACCUAUCAGUUUACACUUUGUUUUUCAAGUCCUGAUUGAAACCUACUUAACGGCCUCUUCAGCACUUUGUAAUCCUUCAGGUUUUUGCUUUAGCUCAUAACCCAACAUUACAGUGAAGCAGACUUUCUAAUCUCUUUCAGUUUGUCCAAAUCAAAGCCAACUCUGAUUCAACAAUGUUUGUGUAACAAGGUUUGAGCACCCUCCACCUAUUCCUCUCUCAUGGUGGAGUCAGCAGUGUUUUAACCACUGAGGGUCCUGUGCCAGAACAACAGCCGGUUAAAACACUGUAGUAUUAUCCAAACCUGGACAGUCUGUUAGUGAAGUCAGAUGCCAAUUAGCAUAAAGAGGAGGCUGCACAGUUGGGAAGAGAGGAACCAGCAGGUGGGGAGUUAUUUAAAAAAGGAAGCAUUAGACAGAGAGAGUGGUUUUUUAUCACAAUGUUGGGAAAUAAGACUUUUGAUUUUGUUAUUCAGCUGCAGUUUCACAGUUCAGGGUUUAAUUUUGCCUGAAGUGCAGAGACAGAAAUAUAGAUAAAUGCCUGAAACUGUGUUAGACUGAUACAAUCGUGUGUUUAUUUCUUUCAACAUCGAUCUAACUGACGUUUUGUCAGUGGUGCUUUUAGUGGUGUGAGUUCACACUGUUGAGUUCUCAGUCUGGAGAAAUUAGCUCAUUGCAGAAGUGCGACUAACUUUUUCAUACCUCACAUGGUAACCCUUUGAAUCAACUCCAAAUCUUCGCCUCGUGUUCAGUUAGGUUAGGUCAGCAAAAUCAAUACUGUUGUGGAAAGGCUUUAAAAGUCUGCUUCAGAAAUCAAUGAUUGACGUUGCAGGUGUUAUGUCAGUGUUUUAUACAGUAUAUGGGUGGUAGGGAACCCUUUGAGUUCCUGAAGUAGCUGGUUCCUUGUUACAAGUGAAUUAAUUUUUCAGGUCUGCUUUGUGUGUCCCUGACCCUGUUGUGGUUGUAGUUUCAGGGGCUGUAGUACGUGAUGCAAAAACACACCUACCACAUCAUGUUUUGUUGUUGUUCUUGCAUAACUGAACUCUGGCUGAGCUAUUGAUUCCUGCAGGUAGAAGGGCUGUAUUUGUUUGUCACUCAUGACCUAUCACCUUUAUUUCAUGCAGGUUCUUGGGAUUAAAGUAGAGACAAAGGUAUCGUCACAGGAAUACUACGACCUUUCACCUUGUUCUCCUCCUUUUCCUGUAUUUCCGUCCGAUCUGCACACUGGGGUGUGGUGUCUUAACUCAGUACUCACUGAAAGUCUUCAAAUCAGCACACAAACUUUUUUUCUUUGAGCUUUUUUUUCUGUAUCUGAAGUUAUAUUUCACAAAUGAAGAGCAACAGAUUUGGGACCCAUGUCUUACAGACCCGAAGGACUGUAUUGACUUGGUUUUACAUCUUAAACAUUCACAGUUGAUACAGACAAGGCUGUGACUCAGAUUGUAAUAGUUAUUGAACAUAUAUUAAACAGCCAGAUCAAUUUUGAAGGUUCAACAUGAAUUAUAAAAAGCAGAACUGCUCUGCCUUUGUGAAAUGUGGCUUCUAGUGAUACAGCAUCAAAAAUCUUUCGGUAUCAAACACUCAUGGUCAGCAGGUGUAAAGGCCGCUGUGAUCAGUUUGAGUCAGAUCAAUUAUAACAAUUAAUUUCUUCAAUUACACCAUCAAACUCAUAAUUAUUCUGUCAUCUUUCCAUGAGGUGAGUGUUUGAUACUCUGAGCUAGAUUUGCUGUGGAGUUGAGCUUCAACGCACUGAUUUAAAAUGUUAACUUGGCUACUUUAUGGUGUUGUGCCUGAAGUACUCAGACUUCUCAAAGGAGCUGAUGAUUUUAAGCCAAAGGUGAAUCCAUAAAAACAAGUUUCAAAUAUUUGUGUUGUCGGAAACUUUAUAAUCUCAUCCCAGCAGAUGAGAAAGAAUGAGUGUGCUUAGUACUUAGUCAGUGUCUAUCUGAAUGGGUGUGAGAGGAAAGGCUGUGUUUGGAAAAACAUGUUAACUCCAGCCUGCUCUUCUAUAUUAUACAUGUCUCUAAAUAAUGCUGCGUCACUACUGAAGUGAGCUACAAACUUUUUUGACAAAUAAACCGAUAAAAAAAUCAUUUGAACUACCAAAAGCCAUAUCAGUGAGAUUUGUCCUUACUUUUCCUACACUUUCUAAGACAUUGUUUAUUAUCAGCUUAUAAGGUUGACUUAUUCUUUUGUUGUUCAUUGCUUCAAGGGAUAUUCUGAUGUAAAUUUAAGUUAUGGUCAAACACACUGAAACACUGAGUUAGACACCCUGAAUGCUAACUGCUUGCUUAUCUAGUUAGACCAACUUUAGUAACGACCGCAUGAUAGCAAUACACAGCGGUCUACGUUUCCACACACAAACCUCAACCAAAACGCCACAAAUAAUGUUAGAACAGCACCUAACUUCAUCAACAGUACAUAUAGGGUCCCAGCCAUAGUACUAGCCAUCAAACAUCUUUUUGCUUUGCCUGAUUUUUUUAGCAAAGAGACUAAACACAACUCACCCACUCUCCUCCAGCAGCCGCUUGUUUGUUGGGGGAGCCCUGACGAGUCAAGUGCAUGAGUCAAGUCAUGUGAUGAACCAAGUGCAGCGGAAAAUUUAUGAUCAAUCCUUCAUGGAAAUGCAGUCAGAGUUCUUGUGUAUCUUGUAUCUGCACUGCAGAUGCAGUAGUUCUUCUGCCUUAGCGUCUCAGUCUGAUUGCAUUUCCAUGAAGUAAUGAUCUUAAAUGUUCUUCCUUGAGCUGUGAAACUCCGCUGCUGUGUAUUGCUAUCAUGCGGUCAUUCUGAGCAUUAUUUGUGGCUAUAGAGUGGCUUUUUGGUUGAGGCUUGCGUGUGGAGACAUAAACUGCUGUGUAUUGCUACCCUGCAGUCAUUACUUAAGUUGGUAUGACUCGAGAAGCAAGCAGUCAGCAACAUUCAUCUCUCGAGGGGAUGUCUAACUCAGUGUUACGGUGUGUUUGACCCUAACCUAAUUUUACGCCGGAAUAUCCCUUUAAUUGUCUUCUCUUUCAAUGCUCAGACUCAUUUCUACAGUGUUUUCGAACCUCUCAGUAAAUCCUUUUGUCACCUCUUUGAACGCUUUUUAUUGAUUUACUGAUGAGUCCGUCCUCUCUAAUUGCUUAACUUUAAUUUCAACCUUCUCUCUGUCCAUGGGCAUAGAGGAUCAAUCUGUUACAUCUCUACUAGAUUGAUUAAACUGCUCGAUUGAUGAAUUGGAUAAUCUGUGUGAACUGCUGAAUUGAAUUGAAUUGGUUUUGCUUCUGCUAGAGCUGCAUCUGCUGCAGGGGGCUGCAGUUUUUCCCUGUUGUUUGCAUUUCUAACCACUUAUUCUUUUACUUCAAAUUCAGCCAACCUCUUACUCCUGAUCUUCUAAUGUGUGUUUUUCUUCAUUCAUUCUCUGUAUUCCUCUGUGUAUUUUGUCUAUAUGUGUCUGUCUUUCCCUGUUUCAGGACCUGACAAUGAAGCUCAGUUUAGUCCAGAGUGUGGGACUCAUAGCCAGAGCAAUCAGAGAGUGUGUGAAGAAACAAGGCUACGUUUUCACUCGCAAACAGGAGCUCAUUAAUGUCAUGCUGGUGAGUCAUUUGAGUUGUGAAGAUGAGAUGAUGUGUUGAUUGCCUAAAACACAAUAGUUGUUUUCUAAUCUGUCAUCCGGCUCUUUUUUCCACUCUGUUCAGGAUUUUAUCAAAGCAGAGCCGGCUGAUUCAUUGAGGACUCCAGUACGCCAUCUUGUGAUGACCACAUGUUCCAACCUGAUGUAUCCUUGUGAUGAAAAAAACAUUAGGAUUCUUUUUAGUUCUCACUGGUUUAAACUGCUAGAAUAACAGCAACAGCAAACCUUUUUUAUGGUAAAAACAGCUCAUAUACGUCUAAUAUUGUAAAGGAUUGAAAUGUUUAUUUCAGCAGCAUCACAUUGUUUGGGUUUGGCAUCUGCGCUCUGACUUUAUCAGGCCUCACAGUUUUAUUUUUACAUUCACUAUUUUGCAAGUGAUGAGAUCAUAUCUUAAAUCCGCAGAAUUUGAGCGAACAAGUGAAUUUUUUAGGAGAUGGAGGUGCUAAAAGUUUUAGCACAAGGGCAGAGCAGAGACAAAGGGUGUGAACUUAGCAGCUUUAUGAGGGUACAUUUGUAAUUGUGAGAGUGACACAUAUCAAGUGUCAAAUCAGUGCAGCUCCAGUAACUUGCCUGGACUUGCUUCCAGGCAUUGCCACUUAUUGUUUACUUACUGUGCCUCCAGUUUGGAUUUUACAAUAGUGGAAACUUACAUAGUACGAUGAUGACAUGGAUUUCCCUCUAGGCGUGUUUGCAUCAUAGUGUUUUUGUCUUUUGAGUUCAUGUGUAUCAGAUAAGAGCUGUCACUAUGGUACAAAGCAGAAAACUCAGCUCGGGUAAAAAACAAUGACUGAUUCCUGUGUUUCAGGUUCCUCUGUUUCCCCUUGUUUUUUCUUUAACCGGUUCUGUUUCAGGCCUCUGGAUCCCGCUCUGAGUGAGAAUGAAAGCUUUGACUUGUUGAAGGUGUGUGUGAACAGUGUGAUGUCUCUGCCGCCUGAAACCAGCACUCCAGAGAAAACUAAAGAGGAUGAGAUACUGGACCCGAAGCAGAGGAAGGUGAUUUGAAGCAGACAGAUUUGUGCACAAAAAUGCUCCCCCGUCACUAGGUUGAUUGAGAGCUAUGCCCUAAAUUUCCACUGUAACGUUCACUCUUGUUUAAAUAGGAACUCUUACUUCCAUUUAGCAUCUCAACUAAAAACAUCAGUGCAACAUUUUCAAAUGUUGUCAUGUUUUCAAACAAUGAACAUGCGCUGACAAAUUUGUUCAGGACUUGUACAAGGACACGUUUGCAGCGCUGCAGGAGCUGCUGAAGAGUGUCCUAUCCAAAGACCCCACACCGGACGGCCUGCAGAGUGUCUUCAAGGUAAAACCUGGUGUUACAGAGUCAUCAAAUUUAAAACUAAAAAUUAUGUGUAUCAUAGCUUUUAAAUCAUAGCUUUAUUUAUCAUCUUUAAUUUGAUUUUUUUUAAAUAAUUAAAACUUGAAUCAGCGUAAUAAACAUGGGAACUAAAAUCAGAGUUUUAUCAUUUUUCUUUACCCUUUGGCUCCGAGACUCCGAGACAAUAAGCUAUAUCUGUGAACUGACUCACACCAAAGAAUGACUUUAACUGCAAAAUAAUUCAGCAUCUCUGAGUUCUAAAUGUGCUUUGUUGUCUUGUGCAGCAUAUUGAAUCCUGGUUGAGCUCCACUCAUGACCACGAGAGAGAGAGAGCUGUCACAGCCACAGCUCACAUCCUGGCAAACUUCCUGGAUAACCUGACUGUCAAGGUACACACGCACGCACGCACACACACACACACACACACACACACACACACACACACACACACACACGCACACACACACGCAGCUGCCUGUUUGUCUUGUGGGUUUAAUUUAGGACAGUGUAACUACCCUGACUGCACCACAGAUGAAAACUUUGAUCAUGGCCCUCCUCUGUGUUUUGUUCCUGAUCAUUUCUUAAAAAGCCAUCAAUGAACUGAAGGGUUAUGCUUUUUUAUUCCGUUGAGGAAUCAUCAUUUAAUGCUCCAACACUCUCUUUUAUUUCGACCCAUGUCUUUGUCCAGAACAUGGUCUCUUUCCACAACCUUGGAGCUCUGCUGGGCCGGCUGUCUCCUCGAUGUUCUGACCCUCAUCCUGCUGUACGCACAGCUGCUGUUGCCUGUAUUUACGCACUACUUUAUAUACAGCUACGCUAUGAAGGUACAGAAACACACAGCCCUCACAAUUUAUUCUUAUAAUUUGAUAUUUUAUUUGAUUUUAUUUCAAUCUUUCACUUUGAAUCCGACUUUCUUUAAUAAGGAUAAAUACAGGGGAAUCUCCUUUUGACUCGCUGUUUUAGUGUUGAACGAUAUUCUGUUCUUAAUUUCCGUCCUCUUUCUUUGUGCGCAGGUUUCUCUCUGGACUACAAAGAUGAAGCUGUGGACAGUCUUUUGCCUCUGAAAGACCAGCUAGAAAACCCAGACCAUUCUGUUCUGUACAAAACCUGCUCUGACCUCACCAAGGUACACUUCAUAGCAAUCAAUAUGACUGUCUCCAGUAAAACUCUUUAAAUGUAUUUUCAUGUUGGGGUUUUCUGUACUCUGCACAUGAAGUGGAUUUUAAAAGUAAAUGAUUACUGCAGACACUUUAAGAAGUUUUGUUAAAGAAAUAUUCUUGCAAAAUUUUUGGUUAUGGUCAAAGUUUCCCUAAACUCUAUUACAUUUUCUCCCAUCUUAACUGACAGCAAUUCAGAUCUGAAACAGUUACGGGAUAGUGUUAUAUAUUAACUCUGUUGUUAUGUUUGGAAUAAUUUAGUAUGAUGUUGCUCCUAAUGUAAAUAUAAAUAUUAAUGAAUCAGUCACAUUUUCAAACCUGUAGCAUAGAUCAGUGCAUUAUUGUUUCGCAGUGAUUAACUAAAAGUCCAUCUGAAAGAGUUACUUGCAAAGACAGCUGUGUGUAUGAGACUGUAAUGUGGAAAAAUGAGUGUUGUCAUCACUACGACAAUGACCACUUAUCUUUUGUCUGUGUGUGUCAGGUGAUGAGUAAGCGUCUGCCUCAGGAGCAGCUGUCCACGCUGGUGUUUAUGCUGUUUGAAGGACUCAUCGACAGUCAGACCAACUGCUGCAGAGCUUCUUCUGUCAUCCUGAAUACUCUACUGAAGAACAGAGGAGGGGGGCUGCAGGAUCAGGUAACACACACACACACACACACACACACACACACACACACACACACACACACACACACACACACACACACACACACACACACACACACACACACACACACACACACACUCUUCAGAAUCCCCACUCAUUGUUGCAUCUAUUUAGAAACAGAAAUUUUCAUUAUUUGACACAGAGAUGCCAGAUGUUCUGAGUUACCUGGCGCUUGUCUGCUUCUUGACAUCUGCUGUUAUUGCUAUAAUUGUGUGUUUGUGAUUUAGGUCCCAGAGAUGCUGGAGAUGCUACAUUCACGUCUUCAGAGCAUCACAGAGGAGCAGGUAUGUUUCACAUAGAAUAUCAACUGUAGGGCUUGGACUCCAUUACAAAAAUCAAUCUAAUUAAUCAAAGGCUUUGUAAUUAAUUAAUUGCAACUAAUCCCAUUAAUCCAGUGAGCCAGAGAGUUUGUUAAUUUUUCUGACGUGGACUGACUGGGUGUGGGUCGCUGUACUUGGACUCAGACUAACGUUAGCUUCCACGCUACCUGCAACAUAUUUAGCAUUCAGGUGAAACCAGAGUCUUGGCGUGCUGCGGUGAUAUGCAAGUCCUUUUUUGCACAAGACUAUUUUUUCAUCCAGGCUUCCAUCCAUCUUUUUUAAAAACAAAAACGCCCAUCCACGCCAGAGCCAGUCAAAGCACAUUCAUCCGCUACUUUGUUCAUUUUUCCAUGCGUUGGUGGGAUUGAAACCACUGCUGCACUCACUCUCAUUGGGGUACAUCGGUAUAAGCGGUAUACCUGAAUUAAUCGGAAUUAAGGCGUUAAAGUCCCGGCCCUGAUAAAUUGCAAACAAAUCUGUUCUCCAUUCAUAAUUGAGACGUAUUUAACAGUAAUUACUCGGCAACUAUGAAAUUUUUGCUUUACUCAUUUGUUUGUAACGACUACUUCAUAAGCAGCUGUCUUUAUCUGCUGAGCUUUAAUAAAAUCACGCUGUUUAUGUUGUUCAGGUGAGAGUGGCAGCAGGACAGACAGUUCUGAUCCUGGCCUCUCAGCAUCUACAGACUGUAAUCAACACCCUUGUGAACCAGCCACUUCCUUAUGACAGGUAUUUCUUCUGAUCUCCCAAAGCCACGAGGUUUUGAUUGUUUUUAUUAUUGUUUUAAGUUUAAAAAACAAAGCCUUACAUUUUUCCUGUCUCCUCAUCCAGCUGGAUCAGUGAAAUGUGGAUGGCCUUGGGAGCGGACCCUAUCGUAGCCAAUCAGAUUAUUGAGAUGGUGAUGGAGAAGCUCGUCAUCAUGGCACCAUACGUGGACAAGAAGGAGUCAAUCAUGAGAGGAGGGAUGACAAAGAUGGCCACUAAUCAACCUCUGGCUGUAAGUCACAAACUCACAGACACAUUCAUUUGAUCACAAAGGCCAUGAAAGAAAAAAGGAAGUUCAAAAAAUAAAGUGAACCAUGACAGUAAGAUGAUGAAACUGUCAUCUUCUUUGAGUUACACCAUGUCCAUGUAACACAGCAGCAGCAGCAGCAACCCCUGAUGCUUUCAGGGACAGGUGUGACAAUAGGUCCCCCACAGCUAAAUACACAGUUUGACUUCACUGGGAACCUGUAAACUUGUUUUUAAUGGCUGUAAUUACUGAUUCGAUUGUGGUGUCUCUCUUUUUUCUUUGCCUCCAGAUGACUUGUGGGCUGAAGGAGCUGUUAUUAAACGGUCAGAGUCAGGAGCCGGCUGUCAGCAUGUUUCCUCAGCUCUUCUCUUGUCUCACUGUCAGGCUGGGAGCAAGUGUUGGUGUUUCUGCACCGAAGGACAACAACUCUAAAAAUGCUGCCCCCGUCCAUGUAGCAGGGUGGGACUCUGUCUCUCUUUAAGGAUUGAUAUUGAAGAUCAAUCUCUGACACAGAACAGUUUCACACAAGUUAAACUUUUCUGUGUGAGCUGACAAGUUGGUGUUAUUGUUGUUUGUUUCAGGGUGGCAGCGGAUGCGCUGAGAAUCUUGUUGGCUCGGGCUCAGCUGGAUGAAGUGAUGAAAAAGCUGGAUGAAGAUAACGCCUGGGAAGCAAUGAAGGAACAGAAUACUCACAUUGCUGGAGUCACACUGCUGGCAAGGUGUGAUUCAGUCCUUCAGUUUAAGCUCUGAUCAGGAAUUCAGUCCAGUUUAAUGCUACUACUGUCAAGUUGGAAUUUAGCUUCCAGAAAUUUCUGCCAAAAAGAUCAUCAGUACUGUCAUUUGUUUAAACACCAUCAGAAACUUAAAGGGAUAUUCCAGCGUAAAUUUAAGUUAUGGUCAAACGCGCCGCAACACCAAGUUAGACAGCCCUCAAGAGAUGAAUGUUGCCAACUGCUUGCUUCUCUAGUAACGACCGCACUAUAGCAACACACAGCAAUCCAUGUCUCCACGUGCAAACCUUAACCAAAAAGCCACUCUAUAGCCACAAAUAAUGCUCAGAACAGCACCUAACUUCAUCAACAGUACAUAUAGGGUCCCAGCCAUAGGACUAGCCAUCAAACUUCUUUUUAGCUUUGCCUGGUUUCUUUAGCAAAGAGACUAAACACAACUCACCCACUCUCAUCCAGCAGCCACUUGUUUGUGGGGGAGCCCUGAUGAGUCGAUCACCGAGUGCAGCGGAGUUUCGCAGCUCAAAGAACAUUUAUGAUUGUUACUUCAUUGAAAUGCAAUCAGAUAGAGAUGUCAAGGCAGAAGGACUACUGUGUCUGCAGUGCAAAAUGAUUAUGAUGAUGAUCUUACUUUAUAGUAAUGUUACGCUGCACUCUGUGAUCGACUCGUCAGGGCUCCGUCACAAACAAGAAGCUGCUGGAGGAGAAUGGGUGAGUUGUAUUUGGUCAGACAAAGCUAAAAAGAUGUUUGGUGGCUAGUCCUAUAGCUAGGACCCUAUUUGUCUGUUGAUGAAGUUAGGUGUUGUUCUGAGCAUUAUUUGCGGCUAUAGAGUGGCUUUUUGGUUGAGGUUUGCGCUUGGAGAUGUAGACCACUGUGUAUUGCUAUCGUACGGUCGUUACUAAAGUUUGUAUAACUACAGAAGCAAGCGGUCAGUAACAUUCAUCACUAUUGUCUAACUCAGUUUUACGGUAUUUUUGACCCCAACUUAAAUAUCCCUUUAAAGUGGGAUGGUCAGCACAUUGAGGGGGGUCAGAAAUGUUUUUAUUGUCCUUUUAGAGGAAAAUACCUGGAGCCUAAAGUCAAUUCUUGCCUGUUCCUCCUCUUGAUAAACAUUCAAACUCUGUUCCUCAUAAUCAGUAUCAAUCAUGUUCAUGUUGGUGUGCUCCUCUGGUCUACAGGGCAAUGGCCAAGCAUGCAGGUCCCAGGUUGCCCGCCAUCGUGGAGUGUCUGUGUCCCUCUUUGAACAACAUUUAUGAGUGUCAGAGAAUCACUGUCACGGCUUUUUUCUCUGAGGUAAUACUGUUUUAUGAACGCCUUUUUUUAAUGCACCUGCACUAAGUUUAAAUAAAAAGAUUUCAAGACAAACUAAAAUACUGCAAGAUUUGAAGAUAUCUCAAAGUUUUCACUAAAUAGCAGAUGGGCAACAUAAAAAACAGAGUAUGAGGUUUUUUUCUUUCCCUCUGUCUUUAGCUGUUAAAUCACCACGUGGUGACCGAGCUGAUGCUGAUCGACGUUUUAAUGAAUAACAUGAUGGAGAGGAUAUCAGAUCCCUGCUGCACUGUUCGCAUGUUGGCCGUGCGGGGGCUUGGCAAUAUCGCCGUGGGAUCACCAGAGAAGGUACAACACUCACACUGUAGCGAUCCAGCAAAAGGAAAAAUGUCAAAUCAACCAUCGUGAGUAAAGAUAAGCUCUGCUACAGGAUGAGCUCCUAAAUCACCAACAGUUUUUUAAAUGUCUUUCUACCAGGUGAAUAAGUAUGCCAAGGAGCUGCUGGCAGCCAUGAGUUCAGGCAUGGAGGAGAAAGAUGACCCUGGUAAGCUGACAACGACCUCAUGAAAUCAUAGUUAUGCGGUUAUUUUCUUUAGUUUGCAACAACGCCUAAAGGUUUAAGUCGAAUCGAUCUUGUUUGUGAUAACAGAUCAGUUUUGUUUGGUAGAAAUGUCCUUUUUCCCUUUGUCUCCCUGCAGGUAAACUGAUUACUCUUGAAGCAAUGUCAGGCCUCUCUAAAGUCCUCCUCUAUCUCGACAAGAAGAACGUUCACUUACUGGUUGUGUAUAUCUUUAUGAAGAUCAAACCAUUCCUGGAAAGUGUAAGUGUCUUCAGAUUGCUCAAGGCAUAAAAGUAGUCAUCAUAAGUAGUGAUGCACGAUAUGAAAAAUUUCAACCGAUACCGAUAACCGAUAAUUUUCUUCUUCUCAUGGCCGAUACCGAUACCGAUAACCGAUAAAUUCAUAUUUUUACAUUUAUUAUAAUCUUCAUAAAAUCUGCAGUUUGUGCAGGAUGCAGCGAUUGAAAACUGAUAUUUUUGUUGCUCUGGCCUAUCUAGAACAACAAACAAAAGUUUUUGGCUCUUCAAAUGUGGUCAUUUGCUAUAAAUAACAAUAACAGAGCAAAAAGCAGAACUUCAUUUGAUCCCCUGAACUGUUCAACAGAACUGUAAACGGUAAAGGAGCCAUUAUGAGCCGUUAGGCUUAGCAUGCUGACCGGACUAACAUCUGACGUCCAUAUGUCUGUGGUAAAACUCACGUGUAGUCCGUUCUUGUCGAUCAGGUUGUGAAUGUUUGUGGCGACAAUAUCACAGAGUGCAGGAAGAGACACAUCCGAGAAGAAGCGGCGGCUUGGGAGAGUGUAACGUGGCUCCAAGUGUGCUAUGAACUUACGAAAACCCGGGUUCUCAACGACGGAAAAAGGCUGGUCGUCGACCGCUCUGAAUUCCAUCACUUUGUCGUUAAUGGCUUUAGCCUUUUCGCUGUCUCUUGAGAAGCUUUUGCAGUUUUUAAACGCCCGCUGAAUGGGGACAUCGAUCCUCCGUAGUGUUGUUGUCUUAGCUUUAGUACCGCUAGCAGCUUCGGCGGCUGUCUCAUAUUCUUUUAAUACUGCUUCGCCGCGAUGGCGACUUUUCAGAUGAGCUAUCAGAUUCGUUGUGUUAAAACUUGACGUCUUCUUUCCUCCUCUCGGAAUCCUCGCUGAACAGGUUUUGCAUAUAGCAAUGCUGUUGUCAUCUUCUGCCACUGAGAGAAACGACCAUGCUAGUGAAGACAUUUUAUUAUCUGUCAGGCAGUGACGGGGUCAGGCUUGGGACCUGCGAGUAAAGCUUGAUAGAGGAUGUUACCAGAGCGUCUCGGACGGGCGGCUACUCCGCCUGCAAACGUUACUCGUAAUUUCAUUAAUAUAUCGGAUCUUUCUAUCGGAAAAAUGCACCUAUCGGACCGAUAAAAAAUGACGUAAUUUCCCCCCAAAUCGGCCGAUAUUUAAUCGGUCCGAUAAAUAUCGUGCAUCCCUAAUCAUAAGUUGAUACCAGCGUCACAUUAGCAGCAUUUGAAAUAUGCCGGUGUUGUCUUAAAAUGCAUCACACAGUUUUUGAGUCUUUAAUGAUCCUGGGCAGAGGUUAGUUAAUUCUCAGCCCUAAUGUUUGUUAGACGGUGAAGUUUUUCCCACGUUCACUAAAGUAAAUUUCACUUUCAUGAUCUGUCUCUAUUCGUGUCCAGGAAAAUGACGACAUCCGCUGCGCCUCCAUCCAUCUGAUGGGGAAUCUGUCCAAGUUUGGCUCAGGAGAGCCGGUGUUCAAAGACCAGAUCCACAACGUCCUGGUCAGCCUGCUGUUACACCUGGUCGAUCCAAACCCAGAGGUGGUCAAGGUACAGGGAGAAGUUCGCUCGACUAAUAGUGACUUUUUUUUUUUAACUUGAUUCCUACAGAUCCUGUUCUCCCUUUUUUUUCACUCUGCAGGCAUGUAAGUAUGCGAUGCGUGUGUGUGCCCCAGUGGUGGGGUCAGAGCAGAUCACAACCAUGUUUCAGAACCACCUCCACGAGGACAAGAGCCUGCACUACGGAGAGUUCAUCAAUGACCUCACAAAGUACCUGGUGAGACACACGUUUACAUGGCUGAAUGAGGGGAACAGUUCACCGUCCUCUAAUCUAUCAGUUCUGAUCAAAUAUUGAUUUUACUUUGGGUUGAAUUUGGUUUCCUGCUGAUUUUGUUGCCGUUUGCCGUUAAAGUAUUUUUUGGGGCGAAUUUGCCUUUAUAGAUAGGACAGUGUGAAAUGUGGGGUGAUAGAGAGAGAGGGGGGAGGACAUACAACACAUGGACGGGUCCGGACUCGAACCCGCAACCCCAUGUGUGGGGCGCGCUAACAGGCUCGGGCAUCUGUGCGCCCAUGUUUGCUUAAAUUGUUAAACAGUACUUUAAGAAUGAAACAGAUCUUUUAGAUUAACAUGAACAGUCUUUCUUCUCCUCUCAGAUAAUGAAUGAUGUUCUUGAACUUUGUGAGUGUAUUUGAAUUUGAUUGCGUGUUUUGUGUUUUAUUAUUUUAUGUUUUUUCUCCUGUAAAGCACUUUGUCUGGCCUGUCCUAUAAAGGUGCUAUAUAAAUAAACGUGACAUUGACAUUUUGUGGUUCACAGAUUCAGGACUUCCCCAGCAUGCUGAACUUUUAUCACAUCUCAGUCAUCCAGUUCUUCAAGAGCAACUGGCAUGAAGUCAGAGCAGGAGCCGCCAUGUUCAUAGGUACGACCAUGACACGGUUUCACCUCUUAGAGCACACUAAUCCAGCAGCAGUUAGAGCGCACGUGAAAAUACUGUAAAACUAGUGAAUUCAAGUUGAUGUACAGGUCAAAAAUGUCAUGCAGCCUAACCUAAGGUUGUUGUAUUGAAUCAGGGUUUCUGUUGGGGAACCUCCCAGAGGAGCAUCUGUCCCACCUCAACAUGGGGAGCAUCACCAAAGGUAACACCAUACAUGUCCUUCUUCACACAGAAGUGUUCUGGCUGUUGUCUUACACUGACUGUUUCUGCCCCUCUCAGGUUUGGUGAUGCUGCUCCAGGAUCCUGAUCCUGUCGUUAGAGCGAAGGCUGCUGAAGCCAUGGGUCAUUUCCACUGACACACACUCACACACAGAUCUACAUACACAUGUCACUUUGUCCUCUCGUCACAGGAAGUAGAUAACCACUACAUGAAAACAAUGAUUUAGCAGUUUACUGAAACCUUUAGAGCCUCAUCAUCAGAAGAGUUCAAACCAAAACCUGAACCUGUGCAGAGAGAAAGAAAGCCAAACUUAUAUAUUCACUGAUGUAAUACUCUCAAAAUAAACACUAUUACACACAAAUGCACAUAUAUACAGACAUUAGACGCUCUUUUUGUGUAGCUUCUCAACUAUAGUACUUGAAAAGAAAAACUUUGUUUUAUUCUAGUGACCAAAAACUGUGUUGCCCUUUUCAGAGAGACGGUCUGUGGUCUGUCAGUGAGUCAAUACCAGAGGUAAACUGUGCUGUACAAAUGAAUUAUAGCAUCUGUGUUUAAGUUAAAAGAAAAAAAACACACAUUGAGUGCACGUUAGUUACUUUUAGACCGAGUGUGGUUUCUUCAAAUAUUCAAAGUCAUACCAGCAUUUUGUGAUCCAUGUGCAUGUCGGGUUUAGCUUUUCAUUGUCCAGGGAAAAAGUGGUUUCAAGGUCUGAAAGUCAUCUGUGCAGAACAUUGCCAUUUACCUUUUUACAAAGCUGCUCUGAGCUUCAUCCCUCCACUCCACAAUGAAACGUUUCAGUUCAGUGAAACAGGCAGCACCCUGAGUAAGGACUUAAAACAGUCCUGUUAGUUGAGCUGCUGUACAUGCUCACAGUUUGGUCUAUUUUCUCAUCAUAAAAACCAUAAUAUUUCUGUUUUUAUACAUCACUGCCAUCACAACAGCUGAUGAUUGUAAUAAGUCAUAUUCUGGUGUUUCCAUGCAUCCUUCAGCCUGUUUCAUCUGCACAUAGAAUAACUUUCAGUUUCCUGUUAUGUACAAGAGUAUAGCUAUUGCACGACACCAUGUGGUAGCUGUGAUAAACACAACAGCUCCUCUGCAGAUCAGAAUGAAUUCACUUUCAGACUAGUGUGUACAAGUGUAGCCAUGCCUAAAAGAACGGUUUGUGCCAAAUGUUUGAUAAAAGAUGAUCAUAAUAAUAAUAAUAAUAAUAAUGAUAAUGAUAAUAAUAAUAAUACCACUGUAAGAUGCUCUUAAUGAUUUCCUCUCUUAGUUUGAAUGCACUUAAUAUUGUUUCCUUGUAAUUAUUCCAUGAUAUGAUUGUACAGUUUUAGGGUACAGCUGUGGGUUCACAGGCCUUUUACUAUCGUGUAAAUAUAAAUGUGUGCAUUUGUGUAAUAUGUAAGGAUGUCCGAAUGUGUUACUUGACUUUUAUAAUUUCACAUUAUUCACUCAAAGAUCCUCAAAGGAGGAAAACAAUCUGUCAUGUGUCUUUUUAAUUCAACUCAACUCAAAGAAACAUCCUAUGGAGAGUCAUCUGAAAGCAAUACUUUGUUCUAGGUUCGUGAUUUUGUAUCUCGGUUGCACUUUUAAGCUCUGCUGUGAAUCCCUGAUGAUAGCACUAAAAGAAAACCUCGGGGCUGAUGGAAGUCUUGAUUCUUAUUUUCUUUACCUAUUGAAAUCAUAUGAGCGCCUUUUCCCCCCAGACAACUAAAAUCAGCUGUUUACAGUUUUAAAGAAGGUUAUUCCAGUUUUUUUUGUUUCUUUUUUAAGUUAGAAGAACUCAGACAUUCAGACCAUAAAUAAUAUAUUUAUGAAUGAGAUCUAAAAUUCUGCUCCUGGGCCUGCAUUAGUAAUAUUAUGGGAUCGUGGCUUCCAGCACUUUCCGUCACUGUGGCUUGGUAUAGGGUGAACAGUGAAUGGUCUUAAGCUUUGUCCUGUGUUUUUAAAGCUGUUAUGAACCUUUUUUCAUCAAUGUAAUUUUUCAUGUCCAUUUGUUUUUAAUAUUCUGCAUUUUCGUUACGAAUGUCUCUGUAGUGCGAACGACACAGGAAGGUUUGUUUUCUUACGUGAAUGUUUGCAUGUCCUUUUGUGUGCUUCUGUACAAGGAGAGAGAAAGAGAGUGAAUUAUGGUAAUCAGUGUCUUUAAAAUGAAGAAAUAAAGAGAUUCAUCAAAAUAUAAUUGGUUAUUCUUUAUUCUCUGGUUUGAGUCCAGUGUUGAAUACAGUUGUACUUUUGUCAGUGUCCACACGAGGGCAGCAGAGAGUUAUGAAUUGGUAGUAUGAAAAUGAAUGACACAAACGUCUUGGUUUUGUGAGAGGCUGCUGAUCAAAUAGCUCCUUGGGUUAAGUUUAUUUUAAUGCAGAAAGAGAAUAAAUCGAGUGUUCCCUCAGGUUGCCAGGCUGACAGCAGCAUAUUCCCUUAGCUGAUUUCUUUCUGCUUUCAAAUCAGGAUCUACCCAAACUAAAAGUUUCUGCUGA